AGCAAAACAACUUGAAUAAGUUUUUUUACCUUCUCAUUAAUCUAUACUCAAUUAGCUGGUUUAAUCAAUUCUUUAAGCUUCAACCAUGUGUACUCGUUUGUUUAUUUUUGUUUCGUUGGUUGUUGGUUGCUUGAUGAGCAAUAUCAAUGUGUCGGUGGAAGCUCGUCGCCUUCUAGAAGUGCCCGAACUUCCAAAGCCCACUUUACCGGAGUUACCAAAACAUGAAGUGCCUAAACUUCCACAAGCACAUGUGCCAGAGAUUCCUAAGCCUUCUUUGCCCGAGCUACCAAAACCAAAUAUGCAUGAGCUGCCUAAGCCUGCCUUACCCGAGUUGCCAAAACCAGACAUGCAUGCACUUCCAAAACCUAGUGUGCCUGAAAUUCCAAAACCCACAUUGCCCGAGCUACCAAAACAUGAAGCGGAUGAACUUCCAAAACCUAUUGUACAUGAAAUUCCUAAGCCCACCUUGCACGAGCUACCGAAACCAGACAUGCAUGAUCUACCAAAACCUAUUGUACACGAGAUUCCAAACCCUACCUUACCCGAGCUGCCAAAACCAGACGUGCAUGAACUCCCAAAACCUAGUGUACAUGAAAUUCCUAAGCCCGCCUUACCCGAAUUACCAAAACCUGAAGUUCAUGGACUUCAAAAUCAACCUGUACCUGAAAUUCCUAAGCCCACCUUACCUGAGAUACCAAAACAAGAAGUGCAUGAACUUCCAAAACCUAUAGUGCCUGAGAUUUCUAAACCCACCCUACCCGAAAUUCCAAAACCAGAAUUACAUUACCUCCCAAAACCAAUUAUGCCUAAAAUUCCUAAACCUAACUUGUCUGAGAUACCAAAACCAGAAGUGCAUGAUCUUCCAAAACCCGUUCUUCCUGAAAUUCCUAAGCCUACCUUACCUGAGAUACCAAAACCCGAAGUACAUGAACUUCCAAAACCUACUGUGCCCGAACUUCCUAAGCCCCAACUACCCGAGAUACCAAAACCAAAGGUUCAUGAAGUUCCAAAACCCAGUAUCCCUGAACUUCCUAAGCCCACCUUGCCGGAGCUUCCUAAACCUGUAAUCCCAGAAAUUUCAAAGCCCACAUUCUCGAGUGUCCCAAGCAAACCAUGAAGUGCUUAAAGAUAUUGUGCAAUAUUUUUUAUUAUUCAUUCGUAAAUUUAUUGACAUCUCAGUUGAAUGUGUGUUUUUAUUUGUAUGAUCAUAGUAUUAUGCUUUUGUGUGUAUGAUUUUCUUUGGCUUUAACAUUGGAUCAAUUAGUUA